AAUGCAGAUCAGCCAGUUUGGAAAAAACCAAGAGGUCGAAGAUUUACUUUGGAAGAAAAAAUAUUCGCGCUCUCGGUAUUCAAGCCAUGUCCAAAAGCUUAUAGAUUGCUUGAAAAAAUUUGCGUCUUACCAAAACGAAGAACUUUAGAAAAAAUCUUACAAAAAGUGCAAUUAUUCCCGGGAGUAAAUGAAAUCAUCUUUGAUAAUCUAAAAAAAAGAGUACGAAAAUGCCUCACCAUCAUAGAUUUUGCACAUUCGUUUUUGACGAGAUGGCAUUAUAAAAAGGGAAAAAAUAUUUUCCAACCAUGUAUUGGUAUUUAUGGUACAAAUUUAAUUAUACGAGGUGUUGUCAAAAAAUAUAAGCAGCCAGUUGCAUUUACUUUCUGUUCAAACACAACAAAGACGAAUGACCUUAAAAGACAAAUUGAAGAAGUAACAAAAAAAAUUUAUGAAUCUGGUCUUAACAUCAUAGGCACCAAAUGCGAUCAAGGUACGACCAAUAUGGCUGCGAUAAAUCUACUGAUAAAGGAAACGCAAGAGACAUAUUUCGCGCGUAAUGAAGAAUAUAAAGGCGUAUUUUUCGAGAUAUUAUUAAGUGGCAGAAAAAUUUAGCCGAUUUAUGACCCACCUCAUUUAAUGAAAGGAAUACGCAAUAAUUUGCUGACUAAAGAGUUAGAGUAUGUCCAGGACAACAAAAUUAAAAGAGCCAAAUGGGCACACUUGGAGGCACUGUACAGACGAGGCCCACGUCAUAAAGGAGUACGACUGGCUAGUAAAUUGACUGCAGCACCACCACCAUUCAGCCUAUAUACGUCCUACUGCUGGGCACAGGCCUCCUCUCAUACGAGGGACAGUACGCCAGCGACCGCCCGCGACAGCAAUCAUCGGCGACCGUCGGCGAGCGUCGCGGGCGGUCGCCAGCUGUCGCCGAUCGCUAUCGUGUCGCAGCGCGCACUCGUCGAUGUGUGUGUGUGUAGUAGACUACACAUCGACGAGCGCGCGCUGCGACAUCAGCGAUCGCCGCGGCGUAUCGACGACAGUCGGCGACUGUCGCGGGCGGUCGACUAUGUAAUGAUCGCCGAUUGCUGUCGCGGGCGGUCGCUGGCGUACUGUCGCUCGUCUGUCACCGCACCGCAAAUUAUGGAUAAAGAGCCUGAAAGUCCUAAAAACCAUGAAAUAUUUGGUGACAUAUUCGUAUAUAACGGGUCGAAAACAGUAGUUCCAUCAAUAACGAGCUGGAUCAAAAGUAUCGAAGCUUUCCAAUCCAUCACAAAAUACUUGCACUCCCUUGGAUUGAAUUCAUUGCUGCUGAGGAACUUCAAUCAGGAUCCCAUAGAAAACUUUUUCGGUGCAAUUAGGGCCCAUGGUUUGAGAAACACUAAACCAAGUGUGUACACAUUUAUAAACUCAUAUAAAGCCUUAAUGAUUAAUAAUUUGACCUCACCUCAUUCCAUCGGGUCCAAUUGUGAAGAAGACGAUAAUUAUUGUCUUCAGUCUUUAAGAUUUUUCUUAACUGUUCCUGACUUAAAUGAAUUGACUGUGGACAAUGCUCAUUUAAUGAUGGAGAUUAUAGACACAGAAAAUUUAGUUAAAACUCAAAAAGAGAAAUCUGCAGCAGUGGCAUAUUGUAGCGGAUGGCUAAUAAAAUUAUCAAAAAAGAAAAUAUACAAAAAUUGCCCCAAAUGCAAGUGCGACUUAGAAAGCGACAGCUUACAAGAAUUUCACGAAUACAUCAAAAUAAGAGAAUACAGCGAGGAGUUGGCGAAGUUUAUGUUAAAACGGAGCAUCAAAUUUUUUUUCAAUAAUUGGUGCAGAGAAAUAAACAAGAUUUUAACGGGGAAAACCACAUUUUGGGACCAGGAGGACGAUAUGAAAAAGACCGCCUAUGAAUAUAGAAUAGUAUUUAGCGACCCGCCGGUGCGCCGCGUGCGCCCCCGCUUUGAUCACGCCCGCGCAGCAGUGUUGCCAGAUCUACUGAUUAAGCAGUAA